GGCAUUUUAGCCAGCUUAGCUAACGUAAUUUAGCUAACUUUUCAGUACAGUGGUCUCCUCUGAAGACUCCAUUGGAAAUGGACGAGCGCUUUGCUUUCCUAGCCGAGUGGUACGACCCCAGUGCGGCCCUCUUGCGGCGCUACCAGCUGCUCUACUACCCCAGAGAUGGCUCUGUGGAAAUGUUUGAUGUGAAGAACCAACGUACAUUUCUGAGGAGGACAAAGUAUGACGACAUCAAAUUAGAACAUCUGUUUGUGGGGAACCGUGUAAACGUAUUCUCCCGUCAGCUGAGUCUGGUGGAUUAUGGCGACCAGUACACAGCCAACAAACUGGGAAGCAAAAAAGAGAGGACUCUUGCCAUGAUAAAACCAGAUGCAGUCACUAAGAUAGGAGACAUUGUACAGAUGAUCUACGAUGCUGACCUUAUAGUGACUAAAGCCAAAAUGACCAAGCUUACGUGGAAGCAAGCGGCUGACUUUUAUGCUGAGCAUCAGUCAAAGUCUUUUUUCAAUAAUUUGGUUCAGUUUGUGACAUCGGGGCCGGUGGUUACCAUGGAGCUAAUGGGUGAUGAGGCAGUGUCUGCGUGGCGGAAGAUUCUAGGACCCACCGACUCAGGUGUGGCCAGAAAAGAGGCUCCUUCUAGUCUCCGUGCCCGGUUUGGCACAGAUGGCACCAAGAAUGCAGGACACGGGUCCGAUUCACUGGCAUCGGCCGCAAGGGAGUUAGAAUUUCUCUUCCCAUCAACCCCAGGCUGCAGCACUUCCAACACGGCUACUUUCUCAGACUGCACCUGCUGUGUCAUCAAACCACACGCUGUCGCAGAAGCUUUGACAGGAAAAAUCCUGAACUCUAUAACAGAAGCAGGGUUUGAGAUCUCUGCUCUGCAGAUGUUCAACAUGGAUCGAGCCAACGCUGAGGAGUUUUUAGAAGUUUACAAAGGCGUUGUCACAGAGUACACUGGCAUGGUCACGGAGCUAUGCGCAGGCCCCUGCGUGGCCCUGGAGAUCCGUGGCACAGACGCUCCCAGAACCUUCCGUGAGUUCUGCGGGCCUGCAGACCCAGAGAUUGCACGACAUCUCCGACCCUCCACUCUACGAGCUCUCUAUGGUAAAACCAAAGUACAAAACGCUGUCCACUGCACCGAUCUGCCUGAGGACGGUAUUCUGGAGGUACAGUAUUUCUUCAAGAUUUUAGACGAAUGAAUUUUCUGUAGAAGCGUUUUGUUAUAAGACACUUGAAA